AGGGAACCGGAACGAGGUGCGCUAUGACUCAAGGGCUAGGAUAUACAAGGGAACGCCGUAGAGUGAGAGCGCUGAUUUUUCUUAAAUCUUUCCCGCAGGUGCCAGAGGAACCGUAGGCUACAGUAUGCGCAGACUUCGUCGGAACCCUGCCGCGUUCAAAACACGGCAACCAAAUGCUGCUGGUGCUGAUAGACAAGUUCUCCAAGUGGCCUGAAUUGGUGCCGCUGCGGAGCGCGACGGCCGAGUCCCUAAAGAAAGCGUUCAGGGAGCGCAUCAUCGCAAGGUUUGGGGUCCCGAAGAUAGUCAUAACGGACAACGGAGUACAGUUCAACAGCAAAAUCUUCAAGAAUUUUCUGGCCGAGAUGGGAGCCAAGCAACAGUUCACGGCUCCAUAUACCCCGCAAGAGAACCCAACAGAACCCAAGGCAAACAAACUCGGGGAAAUCUUGGAGAUUGUAAGGCAGAAUCUGAAGAGAGCCUCCCAGGAUCAGGCUAGGCAUUACAACCUAAGGAGGAGACAAUGGACACCAGCGGUGGGGGACGUCGUGUGGGCCAAGGAACAUCAUUUGUCAAAGGCGGCCGAGCGGUUCGCAGCAAAGUUGGCCCCAAGAUACGACGGACCUUACCAGGUCACAGAUUUUGCGUCACCAGUAAUCUGCAAAAUACGGUACGUGAACACAAAAAAAGAGAGAACCAUCCACGUGAGCGAGCUGAAAUAAGAACAAACACAGAACACAUACGGCCAGCCACUAGCAGAUAUGUUAGACAAAAGGCAACAAUAAAGUGUCAAAGAGUCUCAAAGGAUACUACGAAAGGGUCCAAGGAUAGCUCCAAGGAUACCCAAAGGACACGAGGAGAAGGGUCCAAGGAUAGCUCCAAGGAAACCCAAAGGACACAAGGAAAAGGAUCCAAGGAUAGCCCCAAAGAUACCCAAAGGACACGACGAAAAGGGUCCAAGGAUAACUCCAAGGAUACCAAAGGACACAAUGAAAAGGGUCCAAGGAUAGCUCCAAGGAUACACAAAGGACACGAGGAAAAGGGACCAAAGAUAGCUCCAAGAAUACCCAAAGGACACGAGGAAAAGGGUCCGAGGAUAGCUCCAAGGAUACCCGAAGGAAGCGAGGAAAAGGGUCCAAGGAUAGCUCCAAGGAUGGCCAAAGGAUACAAGGAAAAGAGCCCGAGGAUAAUUUCAAGGAUGCUCAGGAAUACAAGGAAGGAACCCAAUGAUAGCUCCAAGGACUCUCAAAGAACACAGACAAAAGGGUCAAGGGAUAACUCCAAGGAGAAUCUAGGAAGGAGGGAAUACAAGGAUAUCUCAAGGGAAGGCAAAAAAAAAAAGCAACUGGGGGACGGAAAAGACAACCAUCAGACCGGAACGUCCAAACGCUCGGAGAUGACUGAAAGGAAAAUUUCCAGCGUAAGUCCGCCGAAGGAAGGGGAAGACGGCACAGAUCAGAGAGCUGUACCGUAAAAACGGAAUGUAAAAGGAGGGAGGCUGGAAGAAAUAGCGGUACCGAGCAAAGAGGAAGGCUUAGAACCGAGGUGUCGAGGAAGGAACGGCCGGCGGCAGACGGUCAUUUAGCGAGAACACCACCAUGAGCACCAGAGUAACAAGGAGCGACGCACGGAAAGCGAUGGCUGCCCGCCAGCCGGCCGAGAGGUCUUGCCCGGGGCAAGGAUGGUCAACCACACGGCCUACCCGAACCUCGCGGCAAAUCUUGAGGCGAGGAAAGCCCGAUC